AUGGAGUUUAAACAGUUUUGUUUUGUGGUACUACUUCUUGUACAAUCACAGGUAUUAUCUGAAGAACUGAACAGUUUGAAAAAUUUUGAUCAAAAUGUAACAUUAUCGGACGAUACAACGUCAGUAUAUGAUCUUGGCGUGCAACUGGGCAUAAUUAAUCCUGAAAAAUACAGCCUUGAAUCAUUCAAGAAGGAUGAAGAUGAAAUCUUCAAAAAUUUGUACAAGGAAUAUAUUUUAUUAAAUGUUAGUCUGCCACAUAAUUACUCAGAUUGGCUUGUUAUGAACAACUUUGGAGUACUAUCCGAUACUCAAGAGUCAUUGUUUGAGCAAAAAAGAACUAAACGUAGUACAGCGUCAAAUAAAAGAGCCUUUGUCAAUACAGUAAGAAAGGGCGAUAUUUUGAUUACGGGGCGAGGUAUUGGCGGCAUAGUUGGCCACGCAGCGAUCAUGUCUUCUGACUACUAUGUGCUAGAGAUGCCUGGAGGCUCUGGUUGGGCUACAGGAAUAGAGAGUAACAACAGGCAGAUCGGUAAAGAUAAAUGGUUUGAUGAACACGCUUCAGAUUGGACCACGGUAUAUCGUUGCCCUGAUAGUACAGUAGCUCGACAGGCCGCCACGUGGGCUGACCACGUCUACUACAAUCCCACAGGUGGCGCUAAAAAGACGAAACAUAUAAAAUAUUUGAUCACUUCAAACCUGCACAGUACAAAUCCCAGUUACUGUUCGAAGCUCGUAGUCCAAGCUUAUUACUUUGGGACAGGCAGCAAGAAGGUUAUAAAUAACCUACCAAAAACUGGAGGAGUGAUUGUCCCCUCCACUAUACCCACAUACUUUCUAAGUCCAUAUCGACUGAUUAAUAAAGGAAAAUAUUAG